GGGUGACUGGGAGGCGAAAAAACCAAGCCUAGCGGUUUUCUCCCAGCAUGCCUAUUGUUGGGCAUUAUUUGGAUGAGAAUGAGACUCUCAUACUCAAGGUCUCGUCACCCGAAUAUAAUAUCAUGGAGGAACUCUCCGCACGCCAGAUCCUCGGUUUGGAACCAGAACAGAUUGAAGUGUACGAAUAUUUUUACAAUGAUAUCCAAUGGUCCCCCGAGCCGAAAAUCACGACGUUGAGAAAGAGCAUUCAGACAAAGUUCAGCAGUAUGAUUCUCGACUACAUGGACGUCGGCCAUUGGAAUGCGGCCAUGGAUCUGAUCGAAACAUCCAUUAUUGGGAAAAGGAGACCGUCCAUAGCAAUGACGUUGGCUUUGUUUGACUUGAUGUUGAAGCCGGCCUCGUUUCACAAACAACGACGACAGUACGUACGUCUGUGUCAACGAGCGGAACGACUGUUGUAUUACAUGCUGGAAACCUUUGGUCCGAGUCAUUUUAAUUGUGUGUGGUCUUUGUUCGGCAAUACCGAUACGAAUGCGCGCAAAUUGCAUCAGGCUUCCGCCGGGACGCAGGGCGACAGCGACGACGAAGCUGAGGAACAUGGCAAUAAUUAUGUGCUGUCGGAAUACAUUGACUUCUGGAUGUUUAUUUCUGCAUGCUUUGAAAGCGACCAAUUGCUUGAACUACAGACACAGGGCCGCCGAAGAGUAGCAAAGUUACUGAUCAGCGUACUGGAACAUGAUUUACGAGAGAGACAAGAGGAACCCGGUAAACUUGAAAAAUCGACCUUUCUGUCUAUGCUUCGAAAGGACACGUUUGGGUAUCGUGAUCAGUUUGAUCGGUAUCUGGAGAUUUUAUUUGCUGUGUUUGAGCGCCCUCAAUUGAAUGCAACCAGUGAACGCGAUAAAUUGAACGAGGCAUAUACAGAAGGCACGGAAUUAGCUGGACGAUUGCUCAACAUGCUCAUCAUUUUAUCCUAUUCUGCCAAUCUUGUAAUGACCUCGGCCCUCGUGCAACAAACCUACCGACGGUUUAGUUAUCUUUCGACCGAAGCCGUCUCUGAUUUUUUGCAGAUUAUUCAAUGUAAUACGUUCAUUUCGGCUCUCUGUGAUAUGGUAUUAAUGGAUUGCGACUAUGGAUGCGUGGAGAAGGAAUAUCGGCAUUUCCGAAAACAAAAAGGGACCACACUCAGUAUGGACCGACUGUUCCACUAUGUGAUGAAGACAAGGCCGCUUCAGAGGUCGUCCAUGGACGAAGUGUGCCGACACGUGCUCAUUGUUCUCCACCGAUUCAUGAGCUUUAUGAGCGAGUGUUCGCUUCGAUGCGACACGUAUCAAGUGAGCAGCACCGGUGAAGCGGAUUGGGACCAUCAAGUGUACACGGGCAUUUUGGAACGUGAGAUCGUGGCGGUCAUCGAGCGAGCGCCUGAGGCUCUUGAAAGCUGGCGGAAGCAUGUGGAAGCGAUGGUGGUUGAAGCACGUCAGGGGGAACAACAAGACGAAGCGAGGACCAAAGAAUUGGAAGAGAAAAUCUGGUGGGCGUUUCAUCUAGCCACCUUGAAUUUUGACAUUGUAUGAUAUCCCUGCUGGCCAGUGAUCAUGUAACCAAGAGAAUAAGAAACAAAAAAAAAGGAAUCAACUAUCACCAUAUAUGCAGAAAACAAUAAAGAAAAAAAAUCAAAUGCUUGAUAUGGAUCCAAGGGAUGAAGCUUUUCUGCGGAGCCGAAAACAGAU